AUGUCUCUGAAGUCAGCACUAGUAUGUCUAUCCGUCUGUCUGUUCGGAAUCUCGGAACAGACAGAAUCUAAGUACGCAGACAAACUUCUCUUGGUUUCUAUGGACGGUUUCCGAUGGGAUUAUCUUUACAAAACUUACACGCCGAAUUUCGACCUGUUCGUGAAACACGGCAUCAAAGUGGACUACGUGAACAAUUCGUUUGUGACCAAGACGUUUCCAAACCACUACACUAUAGUAACAGGAGUGUAUGAAGAAACCCACGGAAUCGUGGACAAUUCCAUGUAUGAUCCACUUUUCGACGAAAAAUUCCACAUGGGAAUGACAGAUACAAAAUGGUGGAAUGAGGCCGAACCCAUUUGGUGUCACGUGAAGCGAUAUAACCUAACAUCCGGGACUUACUACUGGCCCGGAAGUGAAACUGAGAUUAAUGGCUUACGACCAGACAAAUGGUUGAAAUACUCCGACCACACCCCAUUCCGGAAGCGCGUCGAUGACGUCAUGGACUGGUUCACCAAUGACAAGCUGAACUUUGUCACUCUCUAUUUCCCUGAGCCUGAUCACACUGGGCAUGCGCAUGGCCCAGAUUCUCCGGAAAUCGUCGAGAAGGUGAAAGAAAUGGAUGGGAUAUUAGGAUACUUGAUGUUAAAGUUAGAGGAAAAUCAGUUAACAGAUGAAGUAAACGUCAUAGUGACGAGUGACCACGGAAUGCAUUCAAUUGAUGUGAAAAACAAGGUAGUUGAUAUUUACGAUCACGUAAACAGAUCACAGGUCCAGAGGAUUCCCUCGCAAGGUCCAGUGGCUCAAAUCCAGCCCGUGGACGGACAGACGGACGCGGUGGUUAACCAACUAAGGAACGUUCCUCACAUUACGGUCUACCACAAGCGAGACAUCCCAGACCGACUCCACUACAAACACAACAGGAGAAUUAUGCCAGUGUUGGUCAUGGCCGACGAAGGAUGGCUGAUAACCGAUCACAGUGCGUCCCUGUCACGAGCUAAACACUACCACGGUACACACGGCUGGGACAACAGCCUCAUGUCGAUGAAACCAAUCUUCGUAGCCAGUGGUCCAAACUUCAAGAAGAACACCCGUUUUGGACCAAUCAGAAACGUCGACAUUUAUCCUCUGAUGUGCGAACUCAUGGGAAUUCCCCCAGGACCGACCAAUGGAAGUCUUGAUUCCGUCAUCGACUUUCUCGUUCCCUCUCAUCAACUUACCGACCCGACAGUCCAUGUUCCUUGGAUUGUAGGGUGAUAACUCAUGUAACCCCCCCCCCCCCCGAAACCCCCCAGUUUGUUUAAAAAUCUCAAUCUUAAUAUUCAGUUCGGCCUUUAAAAAUGUGUUUCCAGGAACGUGCCCGAAAAAAAGAGCCCCUCGAAAACAAAUAGGGUAGGCCCCCCCUUUUUUUAGGUAAGGUCAGUUUCCCGGGGGAAAACCCCCAUUUAUUUUCAGACUUACUUCAUGUAGCAUAUUAUUGUUUCAACGUUACGGGCUGCAAUAAAAUGAUGUGCAACUGUUCAUUAAAAGAGAGAAAGAAA